AUGUCUGGAGUUUUCUCGGCGGACGCUGUGUCGUCUCACAACACGCCGGACAACCUCUGGAUCAUCAUUGAUGAGGAUGUCUACGAUCUUACCAAGUUCCAAGAUGAACACCCCGGUGGGAAGAAGAUCUUGCAGCGAGUCGCUGGGAAGAAUGCCUCGAAACAGUUCUGGAAAUAUCACAACGCUGGUGUUUUGAAACAGUACGGUCCUCAACUUAAAGUUGGUUCCUUGGACUCGAAGAAAGCUGCACUUGCACCACCGCCACCUCCCCCAUCACCGCCUGCCACACCUCCAGCAGGCAUUCCUUCCAAAUCUGAAACGGCCGUCGCACCCCGAGGCACUGCAGCCCCUACUGCUCUAGAGCCGUAUGGCGAUUUGGUGCCCUUUGGGGAUCCCGCGUGGUACCAGGGUUACAAUUCCAUGUACUAUAAUGCGACCCAUGCGGCUCUCCGUAACGAGGUUCGAGAAUGGGUGGAGGCCGAGAUCGAGCCAUAUGUCCAUGAAUGGGACGAGGCGAAGGUCGUCCCCGAACAUCUCUACAAGCAAAUGGGGGAAAGGGGAUAUCUGGCGGGGUUGAUGGGUGUGGCAUAUGACCCGGCACUGUCCAGGAAUCAUGUAAAAUGUGUACCCCCAGAGAGCUGGGAUUUCUUCCAUGAAUUGAUCGUCACCGAUGAGCUCUCCCGAGCCGCCAGCGGUGGUCUCGUCUGGAACCUGAUUGGUGGUUUUGGCAUCGGGUGCCCACCUGUUAUCAAAUACGGGAAGAAAGAAUUGGUCAACCGCAUCCUUCCUGGUAUUUUAGCCGGCGACAAGCGUAUCUGUCUAGCCAUUACCGAACCGGAUUGUGGAAGCGAUGUUUCCAAUAUUUCUUGUGAAGCUAAGCUGACGCCGGAUGGAAAGCAUUAUAUCGUCAACGGUGAGAAGAAAUGGAUUACCAAUGGCAUUUGGUCGGAUUACUUCACCACCGCUGUGCGGACUGGCGAACCUGGAAUGAAUGGUAUUAGCGUUCUACUCAUCGAGCGGUCCGCUGGUGGAGUUGGCACCCGCAAGAUGGAUUGCCAGGGCAUGGCGACAAGCGGUACUACUUAUGUCACUUUCGAAGAUGUCAAGGUGCCUGUUGAGAACCUGAUCGGCAAGGAAAACCAGGGCUUCAAAGUAAUAAUGAUGAACUUCAACCACGAACGCAUGGGCAUAAUAAUUCAAUGCGUCCGCUUCUCGCGCGUCUGCUAUGAAGAAUCUGUCAAAUAUGCCCACAAGCGACAAACCUUCGGCAAGCGCUUGAUCGACCACCCAGUGAUCCGCAUGAAGCUCGCGCACAUGGCGCGACAGAUCGAAGCAUCGCAUAACUGGCUUGAAAAUCUCGUUUUCCAAUGCCAGUCCAUGGACGAUACAGAGGCCGCCUUCCGCCUAGGGGGUGCGAUUGCGGGCCUAAAGGCGCAAUCAACCACUACCUUUGAGUUCUGCGCUCGCGAGGCCAGCCAGAUUUUUGGUGGUUUGAGUUAUACCCGUGGGGGUCAAGGGGGUAAAAUUGAGCGGCUGUAUCGGGAUGUGCGCGCAUAUGCGAUCCCUGGCGGGAGUGAGGAGAUUAUGUUGGACCUUAGUAUGAGGCAGAGUUUGAAGGUUCAUCAGUUCUUUGGCAUGAGUCUUUAGGUUGUUCGAUGUAAUAU